AUGGGCAAAAAAAUCGUUUUCAACAUCUCGUCCGAGUUCCAGCUUCAGCAGCUGCUUGGCGAAGGUGCAUAUGGGAUUGUAUGCAGUGCAAGGCAUUUACCCACAGGGCAAAUGGUAGCCAUCAAGAAAAUUGAGCCAUUCAACAGAACUCUGUUCUGUCUACGUACGCUAAGGGAAAUCAAGCUUCUGCGGUGUUUCCAACAUGAAAACAUUAUAUCGAUUUUCGAUAUCCAAAGACCAGCAUCUUUUGAAAGUUUCAACGAGGUUUAUAUCAUCCAGGAAUUGAUGGACACAGAUCUGCACCGGGUGAUUGCUACACAAACGCUUUCAGACGACCAUAUCCAAUAUUUCGUGUACCAGAUUCUUCGCGGGCUCAAAUGCUUGCAUGCGGCCGAAGUAAUUCAUCGAGACUUGAAACCUUCUAAUUUGUUGGUUAAUUCAAACUGUGACGUCAAGCUGUGCGAUUUUGGUCUUGCCAGGUGUGCAGGAACGGGAUCCGGAUCGAAAAAUGGCGACAGCGGCCAAAUGACGGAAUAUGUGGCGACACGUUGGUACAGAGCACCAGAAGUAAUGCUAACGGCUGCCGAAUACACAUUUGCCAUGGAUGUAUGGUCGUGCGGGUGCAUUCUUGCUGAGCUUUUGAUGCGUAGGCCACUGUUCCCAGGAAAAGACUACCGUCAUCAGCUAUUGUUAAUCUUUCAAGUGAUUGGGUCGCCCACUUCUACAGAUCUUGAAUGUGUGCGCUCAACUCGAGCUUUGCAGUAUUUGCGUUCAUUACCGUAUUAUCCGAAGAAACAAACGUUUGAACAAUUACUUCCUACCGCAAAUCGCCAGGCCAUCGAUUUGCUAGAACAAAUGCUAAUAUUUGACCCACGUCAAAGGAUUACUGCUGCAGAAGCUUUGAAACACCCGUAUUUAAAGGCAUAUCAUGAUCCGCACGAUGAACCUGCUACCACGAAAGUGGAUCCCAAACUUUUUCGAUUUGACGACUGCAAGGACCGUCUUGGGGCUGGGGACCUUAAACGCUUGUUGUGGGAUGAGAUUUUCGGGUCGUGA